AUGGAGUCCCCGACCGGCACCGAGAGCGGCCGCCUGGUCAGUCUGCGGGCCGGACCCGCCGACGGCAGCCUGAGCCUCAAAAGGUACCACUGGCCCUCCAUCACACCGGGACCCUAUCACCGGCACCCCAUCACCGGCACCGGCACUCCAUCACCCCGGCACCCCAUCACCGGCACCACAUCACUGGCACCACAUCACCAGCACCCCAUCACCGGCACUGGCGACCAUCACCACCACUCCAUUGCCCCUGGCACCGGCACCCCCAGCACACCCCUCAUCAGCAUCUCCACCACCGACACCUCCAUCACCCCCACUGGCUCCCAGGAUGCCCUGGCUGCCCCAACCCCCCCGGUCCCCCACUGCCGCUGCAGCCCCCUCGUCCCCAGCCCCACCCCAGCGAGGCUCCAUGCCUGCCGGCAGCUGAGUGUCGCCUGCACCGUGUGCUGCAUCUUCAUGGUUGGGGAGGUGAUAGGUGGGUACCUGGCCCACAGCCUGGCCAUUAUGACCGACGCAGCCCACCUGCUGACCGAUGUGGGCAGCAUGGCUGUCAGCCUCUUCUCCCUCUGGGUCUCCACUCGCCCACCCACCAGGACCAUGAGCUUUGGCUGGCACCGCUCAGAGACAUUAGGUGCGCUGGCCUCCGUCCUCUCCAUCUGGGUGGUCACCGGGGCCCUCGUCUACCUGGCAGCCGCUCGCAUCAUCAGCAACGACUACGAGAUCGAGGCACGGGCCAUGCUGGCCACCUCUGCUGGUGCCGUCGGUGUCAACCUUGUCAUGGCGUACAUCCUGCAUCAGUCCCCUGCUGGCCAUGGCCAUGGUGCAGGGGGCUACGAGCCACUGGAGAGCCCUGGGAGUCGCCUGCCUGGCAAUGCCCCCCUGCCCGGCAGCACCAGCGUCCGCGCUGCCUUCAUCCACGUGGUGGGUGACCUGCUGCAGAGUGUCAGUGUCCUCGUGGCUGCCACCAUCAUCUACUUCAAGCCCCAGUGCAAGAUUGCAGACCCCAUCAGCACCCUCUUCUUCUCCAUCUUCGUCCUUGGCUCCACCUUCACCAUCCUCAGGGACGUCUUCAGAGUCCUCAUGGAAGGGACACCACGGGGCAUCGAGUUUGAGGCAGUGCAGGAGCUGUUGCUGGGGGUGCACGGGGUGAAGGGCACCCACGACCUGCACCUCUGGGCCCUGACGCUGAGCCACCUCGCCGUGUCGGUGCAUGUGGCCAUCGAUCCCGGUGCCGACCCCGAGGCGGUGCUGUGGGAAGCCCGCGCCCAGCUGCGGAGCAGGUUUGGCUUUGCCUCCUGCACGGUGCAGGUGGAGCGGUACCGGGAGGAGAUGGCAGCCUGCCAGCACUGCCAGGACCCCCACGCCUGA